AUGAAUCCUAGUAUUCUCAUCAUUGGUGCCACAGGCAACACUGGCCGAAGCGUCGUUGAAACCCUGCCCAAGUUGCUUCAGGCCAGCAAAAUUUUGUCUGAGUACAGGAUUAUUGCUCUUACCCGUUCUUCAAAGGGCCCGAUGGCACAGCAACUUGCCAAGAUUGCUGGAGUCGAAGUGAUCGAGCAAAAUUGGGUGGAAAUUGAUUCUGACUGGCUUCGUGAACAUCAAGUUGCCAGAUGCUUCAUCGCAUCGCAUAACGAGCCAAAUCAAUUCGCAGAAGAAUCUUCCUUUCAUGUCGCUGCACUCAAUGCCGGGGUCAAAUAUGUUGUGCGGAUCUCGACUACUGCCGCCAACGUACGACCGGACUGCAAUGCGUACUAUCCACGUACACAUUGGGCGAUCGAGGCUCUUCUUAGCUCGCCUGAAUUCACCAACUUGCAGUGGACUUCGCUACAGCCCAAUGUCUUCUCGCAGUUUUACCUCUCCACCGCUGCAGAAUUGAUCAAACAAUACCGCAACACUGGCAAGCAGAUUGUCCUUCAAUUGAUGGCUUCGAAGGAUGCACCCGUCGGCAUCAUCGACCCCUAUGAUGUUGGAGUCGUUGCAGCCCAUCUCUUGUCUCAAGAAGAUCCUACUGUACACAACAAGGCCAAAUAUGUUCUGAAUGGACCAGAGGACAUCACUGGGAAACAGACAGUCGAUAUGGUUGAGCAGCACAUUGGCACGGCAGUUCAGGAGGUCCACUAUGAAGAUGUGUCAUUCGUGGAUCUGCUUUAUGAUAAUGUUUAUGCGGCAACUUACCAAUCAAAGAACGUGAUCUUGUCUGUCAAACAUGCCUUGAAGACUGGAUGGGAAGGAAAAUGCGCCGCUUCUACAACAAGCAAGCAAGUGUUGGAACUUGCUGCACCUAAGCGUACACCUGCCGAGGUGCUGAAAGCCCUCUUGAUGGAAUGA